AUGGCCAGUCCUGUGGACAACAGAUCCGCACUCGAGCGAGUCACCCUUGUCCACACCAUCUACAUUGGAGCCAUCACCGUGGUCCUGUUCCUCCUCUCUGUCUGCAUCGUCCGCUACCGCCACAUGAAGCGCAUGCGUGGUCUCAAGGCUAUUCCCCAGAACAGAAUACCCGCGGCGUUGAUCGAGGCCACGACUCAACGGGCGAUGAGUCUGUCUGCGCCGCCGGUGGUCCCUGCCGAGGGCUCGCUUGGCUGGGGCCAGCCGUCGUCGGACUUCGGCCAAGUGCACUUCAAGACCUCCAUCGCGUCGAGCUUCCAAGUCCUUGAGGCUGCGGCCAUGAAUCGGUAUCCGGUGCUGUAUCGUGAGCCGUCGAUGACUGUGGCCAACUAUCUCGUAUUUCUCCGUGAGGUCUGCUCCGGCCUCCAGCCGCAGCUCUGCGCCUGGUACGUGGCCACCUAUGAGCGCGCCCGGUUCUCGACGGACGACUUUACCCUUGACGACUACAAGGCCUUUAUGGAUCGCUUUGUCGUCCUCAUCCAGGCCAUCGAGUCUCCACAGUUUGCCGUCAACGAAUCGCUAAUCCCACCAGAGCGGUUCCGCAUGGCUGCAGUGUCGUGACGAGCGGCGCGCGCACAUGCUGCAAUGUAUCAGCGCUUCUUGCCGCCGCCCUUCUUGCCGCCCUUGCCUCGGCCCUUGCCUCUGCCCUUGCCCUUGCCCUUGCCCUUGCCGCCGCCGGCAAUCUGGACUUCGACGCCGCCGAGCAUCGGCGGAAUGAGGUCAUUAUCCUUCAGCGACUUGAUGAGUGCAAGCUGGCCGGGCGUCUUCUUGGCGAGGCUCAUAAAGUUAGCCACCGCUGCCCGCGCCGCCUUGCCCUUCUUCCCGUCGCCGGGCACAAGCUUGACC